GUCAAAGUGAAAGCUGUCUGUCAUGAGUUUAUUUACAUGAUUGUAACGUAAAAAUGAGUGAUAAAUUUGGAAAACCGUUAACAUUAACAGAGUUUGCCCCAAUUGAUGAUGAAGAAAAGCAACCCACUGUCGGACAGUAUAUCUCCAAUUUUUUUUCAAAAUUUACCAGAGGAAAUGUGGAUUCGUCACCUACAAUCGAAUCACCAGAUGAAAGUCAAAACAAUGAUGUUAAACAGAAUUUAUCAAAUGCUUCCAUAGAUUCUGAGGCUGCUGCCUCAAAUACACCUGUUGCCUUAGUUGAAGGUCGAAGUGUACUAAAUCCUAAUGUAUUGAAACGUAUAAGUAAUUUAUUAGCAUUAAAAAACACUAAUUUGCAAGCGUAUAGUGAUACGGAAUUAAGACAAUAUUGGAUGCCGGAUAGUGUUGCAAAAGAAUGUUUUGAAUGUUCGGAAAAAUUUACAACAUGGCGAAGACGACAUCAUUGCAGACUUUGCGGACAAAUUUUCUGUUCACGAUGUUGUUCACAAGAAAUACCUGGAAAAUUAAUGGGUUGCACAGGUGAUCUUCGAGUCUGCAUGUAUUGCUGUAAGAUAGUAUUAUCUUAUUUACCAGCAUCAAAUAUUGGAGCAGAAAUGAGUGUCGAUAUUCGGAUGUUAUUGGAAAAUUUACGAUCUAAAUAUGGUGUAACGAGUAAUUCUGAUGUUAGUUCGCUUGCUUCAUCAACGACUAAUUCUUUAGGGUCAAAUUCGAACUUAAAUAGUCUUGGUAGUGAAGGCGAAGCUAGUACAGUUCGGCGAAAAAUAUCUGUAGGGUAUCAAGAAGAAAAAUUUGCAAUUGGAAGGCGCCAAAAUAAAAAUUCGGCAAUAUCAGAGGAAAGAUGUCGUGCUUUACAAAGCUCUACGUCGUUGCGAGCAUUAUAUGAAGAAAUUUGUGCAAAUACCAAUAUGGGAACACCUGGUUUACCUAAUGCUAAUGACAGAAAACUGACUUUAUCUUCACACCGAUAUCGUUAUCGAACCUACAAUCAAUGUUUUCCUGGCUCUCUUCUUGUUGAUUGGUUAAUAAAUCACAAUAAAGCUAAAUCAAGAGUUGAAGCGACAGCUUUAGGGCAAGCACUGCUUGAAGCAGGAUAUUUAGAAAGUGUUUUAGAAUCUCCAUCAUUACAAACUACAACUCCACCAAAUCCAGCUUCAUUUUCUGAUAGUCCAACAGGAUUUUAUAGACCAUGCCCGCCGUCGGAAUUAACAUUUGAAUUACCUCCGUUACAUUCAACGAAUAAUUCACAAGAUUCUAAAACAAAACAAACAAAUGAACCAGCUGAACCAACUUGGGUUCAACAAAUACCGCAAGAUGGUGGGACUACAACAGAUUCUGAGGCUGAAUCUCAUGCUUCUCCGCCAAUAAUUUCAACGGGUACCAGGAUGCCAUCAUCAUCGUCAUCAUUUUAUUUAGAUCUAGAUUUAGAAGCAAGUACAGUGCAUCUUGUACGACCAUUAAAUUCCGGUUCGACUGAUGGCGGCAUGUCACCAACAAGCUCCAUUGAACCAUCAAUUUCCUCGUCACAAGAUAAUAAUAAUAAAGAAGUUCCUGUAUUACAAAGUUCUUUUCAGCACGAAAUUGCACCGAAAUGGGGUUGGCAUAAUGCUAAACAAUUACGUGAAGAAUAUGGCGAAGCUGAAGCAUACAACGCAUUAAAUGAAGCUUGGAAACGACACGAAAAUGCUCUCUUAGCUCAAUUUUUAAAUAAUGAAGGAUUAUCAUUACAUUGGACCAAUACAAUUUUAUCAAUUAUUAAUGAAGUCAUUGACUUUGUUCGACCAGAUAUGUAUCAUGAUGCUGAAUUUAUUGACAUUCGUGAGUAUGUCCGUGUAAAAACUGUACCUGGUGGAAAUUCUGAACGCAAUGAAUGUCAUGUAAUACGUGGUAUAGUUUGUUCAAAAAAUGUUGCACAUAAAUGUAUGCAGGGUCGUCGAAUACAACCAAAAAUAUUACUUUUAACUUGCCCGUUAGUGUAUCAACGAAAUGAAGGAAAAUAUAUGGGUUUAGGACCAGUUCUAUUGCAGGAGCAUGAAUAUCUACGUCACGCUACAGCAAGAAUCUUAGCAAUGAAACCUAAUAUCGUAUUAGUCGCAAGAAAUGCAUCACGCUUAGCACAAGAAUUACUUGGGCAAGCUGGUGUUGCGUUGGUUACAAAUGUUAAAACCUCUGUAAUCGAUCGCAUUGCUAGAGCAUCUAAUGCUGAAGUUGUGCCAAGCAUCGAUGCUGCAAAUGUUGGGCGACGCUCAUGGAGAUUAGCAACGUGCCAAGCAUUUUAUACUCAAAAAUUUAAAGAAGAUGAGUAUUCCUCAAAAACUCUAAUGUUUUUUGAAGGACUUCCUGCUGAACAUUUAGCUUGCACAAUUAUUUUGCGUGGAGCAUCAAAAUUAGAACUUAGAAAAUUAAAAAAAGUUACGUUAAAAAUGGUAUUUGCUCGUUAUAAUUGGCGAUUAGAACAAUCAUUUUUAAUGGACGAAUUUGCAAAACCACCAUGCCCAAAAAAUGAUUCAUUUUUUUGUGGAAGUAAAGAAAAUUCGCCUGAUAAUAAAAAUGAUACGGACAAUGGUUUUUUGAAUCAAAAUAAUCUAUCAACAGAUAAUAAAACUGGAACAACUGUGGAAACUUUAGAUAAUAUGACCGAAAAUGAAAAUAAUAACAUUUUCGAAGAAAAUAUUUCUAUAACCACAACCACAUGUAAACAAAAAACUGAGCACGAUUGUAAUAAUGAAUGUAACGAAGUUGAAAUCUCUUUGAGUAAUACAAAUACAAAAAAUGAUUCGAAACAUAAACUAUCGAAAACAGAUGCAUUUAACGAUCCAUUACAAUUUUAUGAAGACGAUGUGUUUAACGAUACGAAUAAUACACAAAAAUUAUCCGUAUCAGAAGUGCCACUUUUAAAUCGUUUUCGAAAAGCUUUAGAUUAUACGAUUUUAUCAUACUCACCGUUCUUAACAUUCACAAUACCAUUCUUAGAAACUGAAGUUGGUCGACGAUGUAAAUUACGUAAAUUUUUUCCAAAAGAUAUUUAUUAUUCAGCACAAUUUUGUGAAAAUGGUAAUAAAAUUUUGGAUCAUAAAGUUUUAAAUGUUUACGAAAAAAAACCUACUAAUACACAUGCUAACUUAAAGCUGAAGUCACCGCAUCCGUUUAUAACUGCAAAAUUAACAGGAAAUGUUCAGAGUGAGGAUAUACAAACAAUGCUAUCUCAUUUUCGAGCAUGUGGUGGUCGAUUAGUUUAUCAACAACGACCGAUAAUAGAUGAAAUGAAUAACAAACUAAAUACAACAGAAAAUGAAAAUGAUGUUGAAAAACAAGAUACAAAAUUACAGCCUACGUUGAUAGAUGUUCUUGAAUUGGACAACCAUCAACGUCUUGCUGUUUUAUUUUGUUCAUUUAGUACGGAAUCCAAUAACGCACCUGCAUUUUGUGUUGAUCCUUGUACAAAAUUAAUGCAUUUUUAUGGAGUUAUGGAUACACCAUUGGGAAAUUUUCUAGAACAGUACUGUUUUCGUGAUUCAUAUAAAUGCAUAUCUGAAAAUUGUGUCACCUCAAUGUUAAAACAUACACGACGUUAUGUCCAUCAUAAUGGAUGUAUCACAUUAAAUUUAAAUCAACUAGAAACACAUAUAUCAUCGGACACUAUUGUAAUGUGGAGUUGGUGUACACGAUGUAAUUCUGUAACACCUGUGGUACCUAUGUCGACGGACACAUGGUCAUUUUCAUUUGCAAAGUUUUUGGAAUUUAAAGUACAUGGUUAUAUGUAUGGACGUCGUGGCAAGAAUGAAACUUGUACGCAUUCAAUACAUCAUGACCACGUGCAUUAUUUUGGGUUUAGAAAUAUUGUUGCCUCUUUUCAUUAUUCAUCGGUAGAACUUCUGGAACUUUACUUACCAUCUCCAAAAAUAGAAAUUAAAUAUAACUCUUUAAAUCAAAAAGAUUCAGUUAUCGAUGAAGUAAAGACAUUAGCCCUGAAAGGUCAUGAAGUAUUUUCAGCAAUUUUGGAUAAAUUAAUGAAAUUACCAAAUGAUUUAAAUGAACUAGCCGAAUUAAAUCAAUUAUUACAAAAACAUCAAGCAACAUUUAAAGCAAAAAUUGAUGAAGCUCAAUUAAAAUUAACAUCGCCAAGAUUUGAAAAUAAAUUAACUAAUAGUUCCGAUCAAAAUUCAACAGAUCUUAUUAAAACAGUAUGGCAAUUAGAGGAUACGAUUGUUGGUUUGAAACGACUGAUUGUUGAAGCAUGCGAAGUAUGGAAUAUUCGUUUAACUAAUAUUAUUCAAACACAAACUAAAGCUACAAAAACUGUUGCAUCAAAACAAUUUAACAAGCCAAUGUCCAUUCAAGAUCUACCAUUGAAUCGAUCAAACUUAGCUGCACCUUUGGGAGAUUCAGAGAGUGAAUUGUAUUCAACAGAUGUCGAAACUCCAUCAAGUCCUGACUAUAAUGUAAUUGAUGUUGUAAAUGCAACAAGUAUUGAACCGUUUGAAGAAGAAACUGUUAUUAAAACUGAAUCACUUGAAAAUUCUUUGAAUUCAAGUUCAGCGAAUACUGUUGAAGAAUCGACAAAACUUCUUACGAAAAAAAAUCGAAGUUUAGAUCAAGAUGAAGUUAUCGAAGAGCAUACAGCUACCGAAGUCCUAACGGGCCAUACAAGAUCACAUUCGGACAGUACAGCAGGUAUUACACAACCAAGUAACGACGAAAGUUCUCAAUCCGAAAUCUUAAAAGACAUUCCAAUACAACCUGAAAAAGAUAAAAAAACUGUAAAAACAUUAUUAUCACAAUUUUUAACAUCUUCAGCCACCGGUACCCCUAUCAAUUGCCCUUUCAAUUCAUCGGAACAUCAUUUAUUACCACCAGGAAAAGAUGUACCUAUAAUUGUUUAUGAAAAAGAACCUAGUUCCAUAAUAGCGUACGCAUUAUCAACUCAAGAUUAUAUAAAAGCAUUAGAAGAAUUAUGUCGAACUAAAUCAAGUCGAACAUCCCUUUCCGUAUCUCAGAAAGGUGAUCAAUGUCCAAGUCCAGUAAAUCGACGCAGAAAUUUGACAUCUAGUGAUAAUGAUAACGAAGACGCAACAACUCCAAAUUCUGAUCAAAUAAUUAUAAAUAAACAAGAAGUGACUGUACCUGAUGCCAAAACAAAGCAACAAGUAAAUCAAUUCUCUCAUAUCGAUGUUCAGUUCCAAGAUAGUAAAGCGAAUUUCAUGGUUCGAGUUCACUAUGCUGAACAGUUUGCUAAUUUACGUAGUCUUGUCUUAGGCAAUGAAGAUUCAGAAACAAAUUCUGAUUUAAAAGAAUACGAAGAGAAAUAUAUUCGAUCUCUAUCAAGAUCUGUUCAAUGGACAGCGCGUGGUGGAAAAUCUGGAUCAUUUUUUUGUAAAACAAAAGAUGAUCGUUUUAUUUUAAAAGAAAUGUCCACAGCAGAAAUGGAAAAAUUUUUAAUAUUCGCUCCAAAUUAUUUUGAAUAUAUGAAUAAAUGCAUUGUAACAUCUCAACCAACAUUAUUAGGAAAAAUUAUUGGAGUUUAUCGAGUAUGUUAUAAAAAUGCAACGGAUAGUGAGAAAAAAAAUUUUCUUGUCAUGGAAAAUCUAUUCUAUGAACGACGGGUCACUCAUAAAUUUGAUUUAAAAGGAUCUGUACGUAAUCGCCAUGUAAAUAUUGAUGACCAAGAUAGUGAAAUUGUUCUUCUUGAUGAAAAUUUAUUAAAAAUGACGUGUAAAUCUCCUUUGUAUAUUUAUCCACACUCUAAAAGUGUAUUAACGCAUGCAAUUAUUAAUGAUACUGAAUUUUUGGCAGCACAAUCUGUUAUGGAUUAUUCUUUAUUGGUUGGACUUGAUCCACACAGUAAGGAAUUAGUUGUUGGAAUUAUAGAUUAUAUAAGAACAUUUACAUGGGAUAAAAAAAUUGAAACAAUUGUAAAAAAAUCUGGUUUACUUGGUGGGCAAGGAAAAUUACCAACAAUUAUUUCACCUGAAGAAUAUCGUAAUCGUUUUAUUUCGGCAAUGCAUAGAUACUUUUUACCAGUUCCAGGUCGAUGGUACGAUUUGAAUUCCAAAUAG